UACUUGUAAAAUUAUAUUGAUAAUGUUGUUGUAAUGUAUAACCAAACAGAUUUUGGAAAGAAAAAAACUUUCAAAAAAAGCAAAACGAAUGAAAAAUGGAGUCUUAACUUAUCAAGUUUAAGUGAAUUUUGAGAAAAAAUGUUUAGUUAAGAAUUAAUUAUGCACAAAUAUAUAUAUAUAUUGGUUGCCAAGGUAUGUUUUUCCUUUUUUAACAUCUCAUAUUUUUUGUCCCCUAUUUAAUAAGGGCAUCAUUUCAAAGCUUGUUCAUUUUCGUCCAACAAAUAUCCAAAGCCCUCCUUCGACUUCUCCAAAAUGGCUCAGAUGAAAGUUGUAAUGAAGGUGCUAACCAUGUCUGAUGAAAAGACAAAGCAGAAAGCUAUAGAAGCAGCAGCUGAUAUUUUAGGGGUAGAUUCAAUAGCAGCAGACCUUAAGGAACAAAAAUUAACAGUGAUAGGAGAGAUGGAUGCAGUAGCAGUGGUAAAGAAAUUGAAAAAAGCUGUUGGUAAAGUUGAUAUAUUAUCAGUGGGACCAGCUAAGGAAGAGAAGAAAGAAGAAAAAAAGGAAGAGAAAAAAGAGGAAAAGAAGGAAGAAAAGAAAGAGGAAAAAAAAGAAGAGAAAAAAGAAGAGCCAAAAUGAAGACAAAUCUCCAUUUGGUAAUAUUACCAACCAUAUAUUUCCUUGAUAAUGUACCUAGAGAGAAGCUUUGGGGGUUUCCAUAUUGUGUUAAUUGUACGCAAUUGCAACUAUGAAUGGGCUUCUUUUUGUCUUUCAGACAAAAUAAAAUGUUAGACAAACUUUUGGCUUGCU